GCUGCGAAAAUCAGGUGUUCUAUUCUUAAUUCCUCUAAAAGUUUGUUUGUUCGACUUUGGUAUGUGGAAACGACUGCUGGGGCUCAGAAAACGUUAAAAAAAUCUUUAAAAAAAAUAUGUUCUUCAAUGGAUGCAAAAGAAUAUUUGCAGUUCAAUACAAGACUUCAUUCCCACUACAGAUCACUAACCGAGCUUUUGUGGUUAUUGAAAAUCCUGCGCCAGGAAAUUCAAACAUAGAAAUAUAUCUGACCAAAAGCAAAGACGUACCGGCUAGUGGCAGUGUGACGAAUGGCAGUUGUGAAAUCAGUCCGAAAUUAUCCAUUUUAAGUGAGGAAGCGUUAUGUACUUAUAUCUCCACAAGGGAACUUUAUUGGCAACAAAAAAAUAUUGUUAGAUCUGUCGCAAGCUCCCUACUCAUGAGUACACAGAGGAUCAAGCAUUUAAUUUCGACUUAUCCCGCGCUCACAGUCCUCGCGGAAGAACAUUUUAUACAGGCAGCUCAAGAUUUAAUCGAUCCUAAGACGGAGAGAUUCGUACGAGGGCGCUGGCAAGAAGUCGAAACGCGCUUGCGAUUAAUCAGUUUCUACGGUGUCGAAGUUCAUCGAUUACGUCUAGCAAAGUGGAUUUGGACUCAAGAAUUCGCUACGCUUGAGGAACGCCUUAAAAUUAACACAAACCCAGAGACGAAAGCGUUUUUGUGUAUUCAACGGAAGAUGUUCUUCAACAAGCUCAUGUUCAGGUACUCCACUGAUGGUUUGACGAAAACGUUCGAAGAACUAUAUACAACUUUGCAUCAGUACAUUGGUUUGUCAGAUAGUUACGAAUUAUUGCACUAUCUGCAAAGAAGUCCAUAUCUCUUUGUCUUGCCAAUUAGACGCAUCCAGGAUAUCCUUAGCAUGCUACUGGAUGCUGGAAUCACCAAAGACGAAAUUCGGGCAGAUCUGUGGAUACUGCAUCAUAACCUCGACGUAAUGAAAGAACGAAUUGACCAAGCCCACAAAAUUAACGUCUCAAUCAGCAAGCCUUGGGUGUUACGUUGUGAUGAUGACAGGUUUGGAAGGUAUAUGCAGCGUCGAAUUUCCGACGAUGAAGCAUUACAACCUCACGGGAGCAAAAUUGAAUUUCUUGCGGCAAAAUUGUCAUGUACGGAGGCGGACGUCAAAAUAAUGCAAACCAGAUUUCCGUUGUUGUUAAAUAUCAACCUAAAAAAGUUGUCAUCUAGCAUCGAUUAUCUCCUUGAGCAGGGUUAUCUCUCAUAUCAGAUCCAAAGUUUCCCUCGCGUCCUCUCAUUGAGUCUCGAGCAGAGGACGAAAAAAAGAAUUCAAGAGUUUCAGAAAGUAUCCAAUGGUUUAAUUAAACCGCGCCUUCACCACCUGAUGUCCACUGAUGUAAAUUUUCAAAAGGUACUUAAUCGAUUACAACGGGGGACCAGCCGUUGUCCACAAAAGACAACAAAGGAAAUUAUUCUAGAGCGAGCAAGUGAGAGCUCAACAUCAAAGCCUGGCUUCUAUUAGUUAACUCUAGGGGAAAUAUGCUAUAUUUUAUAAUAAAAGUCAAUUAUUAAAAAAGACUUGUUAUGGUUCUGAACCUGAAUAUCACACAAGGUUAUGAGAUUGUUUGGUAAAGACACCUUCGUCUGCAGGAAUCAUCGUCAGGAACUUAGGUAUUUGUACAAUGUAAGAAAGUGUGGUUAAAAUGUUAUCUGUAUUUAUACAUUCAAUGUACGAUGAGCUCGCUUGUCGUAAUUACUGCUUAUUUUUUUGUUGCGCAAUAAUAAUAUACCAAGGUCGAAUCAUCUUUCUUGUAUGUGUACGCUCUGGAAGAAUCACCUUGUUGUAUGUGCACUCUCUGGAAAGAUUAUUCAACAAACGAGUGUUUAUGAGCGAAUCGGAUUUCUGUAAUAAGUAUCGCUUGUAUGCAGCUUUAUAUCAAAUCACAAUUUGAUUUGCGGAGUAUGAUCAAUUACAUGUAACGUAAUGUCAGAAGUCAGGGUAUUUCCACAUAGUCUUGUAAAGCACCUCGGCAAAUUAUCGCAUCACGGCUUUAACCCUUCUCUUAGACAUUUGAUCGUGGAACAUGGGUAAAUUAAAAAUUACGCUAGUUUGACUAAUACCUAGAUGCUAAGAAAUCCCUUACUGACUUUGUUGUAGGAUCUCAGUAGCACUGUAAGAAAUUGACGUCUAUUAUUCAAUAUAGUAUAUAGUCUGUGUUGCUUAAAUUGUUUAUAUCAUAACCUUUAAACGCGGCUAACCAUGAACUUUCUCCAUGUCUUUCUCUCAUUACCUCAUCGCUAGUAAUUGUGCGGAACACCUUAAACUAAGUUAAGUCAAAGAAUAGCAUCCGACUUGCGUUAAAGCCUUCAUUCAUAUAAAUGGCAUAUAAGUCAAAAGAUAAAUGGCCGAGGAGUCGAUUUAUUUAAGUCAAACCCAUUCAUAUAUAAGGGUUCUUCUGGGAGCUAUUGUGGUUCUCUGUUAUAUGUUACAAAUAAAAUAUUAGGAAUCACUCUUGAUUUCCAGUAUAUGGUACAUUUAAUUUAACCAUAUCGUACUCAGAUAUACAGACUCCAACAGGGUAUUAGGUCGUAUUAAACGAUCACCCUAUGUUGAAAAAACUGGAAUUGAACGUUUUGGGUAUCUUACAAAGUCGUGUAUAACAUUGGUCGGUAUAUUGACAAUUAGAAACUCUUUCUAAAUAGUUUUUAUGAGGAGCACUGCCUAGUUUAAACGUCAACUGGUAGCGCAUAAGUAUACUAAAAAACAUGUUUAUUAAUCAAAUAACAAGUCACAAGUGUAAGUUCUAACUCACAGUAACUCGUUAGGUUGUCCUGCUAACAACCAUUACUAAAAAAAAAUACUAGUGAACCAACUUAUUGUGCCAACCAAACGAAAAUCGUUAAAUCAAACGGCUUCUCAUAAUGUAUUUGACAUUUAACUAAGCUUGAAUGAAUGCUGCUAAUUCUAGGUCUAAAUAUUGCUAGCCUACACUCGCAUAAGUUCGACAAACUUAAAGUAAACAAAUCGUUUAAUCUUUGUUGCCUAUGAGUAAUAGGGUUUAAAGGGGAGUAUAUGAUGGAUCAGCGACAUCUUAGGAGCCAUUUGCUUCAAAGGCUCGCCAUAGCUUCUCUAUCUGGGAACUGUCUGGAAUCCUGAAUUACCUUUUUCUUUUAAUUUUUUUUUCUCAGCACAUGUUAGAGAGACACGUAAACACACAGGCUAGCAGAACUAAUGACAUUAAUGGAUUGGUGCGACAGUAAUCUCUGAUUGACAGUUAAAAGUUUUAGCUCAUGAAUUAUAUUGGGCUAUGUUAAUCAUUAGAUCUUCCGUUUUUCUGCUUCAGCACACGACCAUGAAUGCAGAACUCAUUGUUUUAACAGCCAUACAGAUCCAGGUUUAUCCUUGCCAUAUGUACCAGACUGCGGGUCCGUUAUUUGCCAAAUAAGAUGCCAGAGUUAUCUUACCAAUCGUUAACUGUAAAUUGUCAUUAUAUUUGCAAAUUUCAAAAACCGCUCAUUCUAAUCCAUGGGCAUUGAACAACACAACACAACUGUAGUUGAUACAACUGAGGUGUUAUGAAUAGCUGAAUGAAACAAAAUGACACUUACGUUGUGCUUACCACAAAUCUGAUAUCCUCUCGUCUUCGUUUACUAAGCUCAAUAGCAAUUUCUUAUUACUGUCUUGCGUGCUAAAAAUGCUAUGGUGCGGU